UAAUUUUGCAAUGCCUUGUGUCGUAUAUAAAAGUUCAGGCAAGACGCAUAUGAAAAUUUGUGGCAAUAAUGAACCGGAACGAGACAACCAAGCGCAUUGCGCAGGUCUUCAGAGGGACAUUUGUUCACUCCACACCGCAAACAGCAGUGGAAAUACUGCACAACUCUGUCUUAGGUGUCGACGAUGAAGGGAAGAUAGCAUUUGUUGAUAAAGAUCAAGAUGUGACCAGACUUUCAAAAUUAUGGGGUUUUGAAACGUCAGACAUAAAACAGCUUGGACAAUAUGAGUUCCUUAUGCCAGGAAUGGUUGAUACACACAUCCAUGCGUCUCAGUACAGCUAUAGUGGCACUGCUUUAGACUUGCCUCUGCUCAAAUGGCUCAACACUUACACCUUCCCUGUGGAAGCCAAGUAUAAAGACUUGGAUUUUGCUAACAACAUCUACACUAAAGUUGUGAGAAGAACUUUAAAGAACGGCACUACCACUGCUUGUUAUUUUGCCACCAUACACACUGAUGCCUCACUUCUGCUUGGAGAGCUUGCAGUCAAGUUUGGACAGAGAGCUUUAGUGGGGAAAGUUUGCAUGGACUGCAAUUCUGAAGUUCCACAGUACAAAGAAAGUCCAAGCGACUGUAAAAGAGAAACUGAACGUUUUAUAAAGGAACUUCUCAAGAAGGAGUACCCGAAUGUAAAGCCUGUAGUCACUCCUCGAUUCGCUCCCUCUUGUUCUGCUGCACUGCUCAGUGAACUGGGUGAGAUCGCCAACAACAACAAGCUUCACAUUCAGAGUCACAUCAGUGAGAACAAAGAAGAAGUGAAGCUUGUGAAGAGAUUGUUUCCAGACUGCAGAUCUUACACUGAUGUUUACCUCAAGCACAACCUGCUUACAGACAGGACUGUAAUGGCUCAUGGGUGUUACUUAACUGAUGAAGAACUGAAGAUCUUUCAUGAAACUGGAUCUGCAAUCUCUCACUGUCCUAACAGUAACAUUUCGAUUUGCAGUGGGAUGCUGGAUGUGCGCAAUGUUUUGAACCACAAAGUGAAAUUAGGAUUGGGAACAGAUGUAGCAGGAGGAUACUCUCCAUCCAUACUAGAUGCUAUGCGAAGAACUCUGGACACAUCUAAAGCCCUGACCAUCCAGGACCCUCAGCAUCAGACUCUGACCUUUGAGGAGGUCUUCAGACUGGCCACACUUGGAGGCAGUGAAGCGCUCUCAUUGGACGAUCAGAUUGGAAACUUUGAGGUGGGGAAGGACUUUGAUGCCCUGCGAGUGAAUGUUUGCAUUUCUGAUGGACCGAUCGAUGUGUUUCCUGGAGAAGGCCCAAAGGUCAUUCUGGAGAAGUUUUUAAAUUUAGGCGAUGAUCGGAACAUUACUGAAGUCUAUGUGGCUGGAAGGCAGGUGGUUCCGUUUCCAGAUACUUAGUUGUCUGUUUCAGUUGUUUUUAUCACAAAUAUAACACAUCUACUCAAGACGACAAGCUUUUUACUCAGAUUUAUUUAAAUACAAUGUUGAUUUACAGCAUAGGUGGUUCACGUCUUGUUAAAUGGCUUGCUUUAGCAAAUAUGUUUUGUAUUUACUUGUAAAAUAAGAAUAAGACUUGCCUGGUGUUCAAAUACUUUUUAUUUUUGUAUACAAUGAUUGUUGUCCAUUUACUAGUUGUGUUGAAGGAAAAAAAGAAAUAGAAUGUAUCUGGUAAUAUUUUAGAUUACUUUUAUUACCUGAUUUUUUGAUUCAAUUGAUUAAUUAAUUUUAAUCAAUUUUAAUUGCAACAAGCAAUAAAAGAUAAUGAUUUAA